CCAUACUAGGGGAAUUAAAAAGAGACCUCUUCUCUCUGGCAAUAGUACCAAAUAUGGCUGAAACUGCUCUUCUUACUGUUUUGAAAAUUUUGAUGACCUUGAUAUGUGCUUGUUGGGUUUCCCUUUGGAUUUUGAAGCCUACACAGAUGUGGACAAGGAGAUGGAAAGAAGCAGAAGAUAGAUUUAGGCCUACUGUCUUUGGAUAUUAUGGACUUAACUUUGUUGUGUUCACAUUUCCUGUUAUUGCUCUGGCUAUAGUUGGAUCUUUCUACUUGAAUUUUCAGCUCAGGAAGCCUAGAAGACUGAGGAGAAAGGCAUUUUCUGGUCUCUCAAAUCCAGUGGUUGUAAACACCCUUGUGGGCACUCUAACUGCUCUGGAAAUCUUAGCAGCCUCCCUCUUUGUCCUCUUCUUAGUAUGGACUUUUUAUGCUCGAAUCUCAAACGAUUUGAAGAAGCUAACGCCAGCAAAGUCACUCAAAAUGAAGUUAUGGCAACUAAAGUACUUGAGGGUGGCGACUCGAUUCGGUUUGUUAGCAGAAGCCUGCCUAGCUUUACUUCUCCUUCCUAUAUUAAGAGGGCUGGCCUUAUUCAGGUUACUUGGUAUCCAAUUUGAGGGUUCAGUGAGAUAUCAUAUCUGGCUUGGAACUGCUAUGAUAGCUUUUGCCUUUGUUCAUGGAGCAAGUACAUUGUUCAUUUGGGGAGUUAGCCACCACAUUCAGGAAGAGAUAGGAAAAUGGCAAAGAACAGGCAGGGUAUACUUGGCUGGGGAGAUUACUCUAGUUACAGGUUUAGUCAUUUGGAUAACAGCACUUCCUCAAAUAAGAAGGAAAAAGUUUGAAAUCUUCUACUACACUCACCAUCUCUACCUAGUCUUCCUUGUAUUUUUCUUGUUUCAUGCUGGAGACCGCCACUUCUAUAUGGUUUUUCCUGGGAUCUUUCUCUUUGGGAUUGAUAAACUACUUCGCCUCAUUCAAUCAAGACCCGAAACAUGCAUUCUUUCUGCAAAAAUCUUCCCCAGCAAAGCUCUAGAGCUUGUUCUACCUAAACAUCCAAAACUGAAGUAUACUCCAACAAGUGUAAUCUUUGUGAAGAUACCAAGUAUAUCAAAAUUUCAGUGGCACUCUUUUAGUAUAACUUCCAGCUCAAGUGUUGAUGACCACACAAUGUCUCUUCUUAUCAAAUGCCAAGGAUCAUGGACAAGUUCUCUAUACAACUUGAUUAAUACAGAGCUAACAUCAGGUUCUAAUAAGAUGAAAACCAUACCAAUUGCAGUUGAAGGCCCUUAUGGACCUUCCUCAACAGACUUCCUUAGUUAUGACAGUCUGCUUCUGAUUGCUGGAGGAGUUGGGAUAACCCCAUUUCUGAGCAUCAUGCAGGAAAUCACUUCAGCUUGGCAAAGUGGGAAUCACAUUCAGUACCCCACAAGAAUACAGCUUGUAUUCAUAGCAAAAAGUUCCCAAGAUAUUUGUUUGUUGAGCUCAAUUUCACACCUUAUUCUAAACCAAUCAGCUGAACAGUUUCAUCUCAAGUUAAAGGUAUUUGUGACUCAAGAACAGCAAUCUGGUGCAACAGUAAGAGAACUACUAAACGAGUUUUUGCAAGGCGAAACAGUGAAUUUCGGUACAGAUAGUUCAAGCUUUGCAAUACAUGGACUUGAAUCUUUUCUUUGGAUGGCUUCCAUAGCUGGACUUUCUUCUAUUGUGUUUCUUGCCUUUCUUAUAUGUUUCAGCCACAUAUUUGUUCCUAACCAGAAUACCAAGGCAUCUUCUAAAGAGAAGAACCCAUCUUGGGUUGCUGAUCUAAUCAUCUUAUCUUCUUUUGUCAUAGCAAUAAUAUGCAGUAGUUUAGUUGCACUUGUAGUAAGAUGGAAAAAACUUAACAAAGAAACAAUCCAAGCUUCAGAAAAACAUGUCAAAUCAUGGCAACCAAGCUCCAUUGAAGCUGGAUUAGGAGGAGCUCUUGAGAAACAUGAGAUUCAUUAUACAGGAAGGCCUAACUUUCAAGAAAUAUUAAAAAAAUUCCCAACUGAGACUGGUGGAUCUGAUAUUGGAGUCCUGGUAUGUGGACCUGAGACAAUGAAAGAGUCAGUGGCAUUAUUGUGCAGCCAAAAUUCUCAAUGUUUCAAGUGUGGUGCUGAGAAGAAAACAAGCUUCACCUUCCACUCCCUAAAUUUCACUCUCUGAUUGGCCUGGCCCUGGCCAAACAUAUACUGUAUACACUAUAUAUAAAUAUAUGUUUAUAGAACACAGGUUUGAUAGAUACAAAUCUUUAUAAAUUAAGAUUAAUUAAAAGUUUGCUUACCAUACUUAAUAGUGCAUGUUAUAAUGUAGUGUAUUUCAAUAGGGUAUUAUUAUGUGUCCCAAUAAGCUUAUAAAAUAUGAAUUUAGCAUGUAAUAAGUCAAUGACGUGUUUAAUAAUUAUAGGUUGUUUCUUCUUUUUCUAAA